CUUAUAUAGCAAUCGUGGAGGGUGAAAGAGAGAGAGAGAGAGAGAGAGAGAAACAGAGGCCAUUUCAUUUGACGAGCGAAAAGCGAACGAACAUAUCGUUCGUACUCUCUCGGGUUUUUGUCGUUUUACCUAUAAAUAGGGGCACACAGAAACGUUGAAAUUAGUUCUUUAGUGACUUUCGUGCUGUGCGUGUAUAAUAGUAUAGAACAGUGAAAAAUGACUGGUCGUGGUAAAGGAGGCAAAGGCUUGGGAAAGGGUGGCGCCAAGCGUCAUCGCAAAGUGCUGCGUGAUAACAUCCAAGGUAUCACGAAGCCUGCUAUCCGCCGUUUGGCCCGUCGAGGCGGUGUGAAGCGCAUAUCUGGACUCAUAUACGAGGAAACGCGUGGCGUUCUGAAGGUUUUCUUGGAGAACGUAAUUCGUGAUGCCGUGACCUACACGGAACACGCCAAGAGGAAGACAGUUACAGCCAUGGAUGUUGUGUACGCUCUGAAGAGGCAAGGCCGCACCCUCUACGGAUUUGGCGGUUAA